AUGAUUGCCUUGUCCUUGUUACUAGGUGCCGCCGCGGGAGUCAGCGCGAUGAUCGGUCGCGAGAUUUCAGCCGUUGAGCUCACACCGAAUUCAUUCUUCUGUGCAGAGGACUGUGUCCAUGAGGGUGUCUACUUUUCAUCCCUUGGUAACUAUUGCCUUGAGAAAGAUAUCAUUGUCAACGUCAACGCCAAUGGCGAGGAUCAAAUUGACGAGGCCACUGGUAAUGCCCUCGACUGCCGGGGCGCAAAACUAGUAUCUGGAGCGACAGGUGUACGCCAGUUCUCCAACGCAGAGAAGGAUUUGUACAAGUGCGAUGUCGAGAAUGCUACGGAACCCUCCGAUUUCGCAUGCUAUUCCUUCAAAUCUGCCGGCUUUGCUGGGAUCACUGUGAAGUGGGCGGACAUUGCAAAGGAGCUCAAGUCGACCACGAGACAGGGCACUCCUCAGGAGAACAAGCCUACUCCCGAAAAGUCUGAAGAGGAGUGUGCUAAGAUUGGCAAGCAAGUUUUCGAUAAGUGCCGAGAGACUAGGGAAUUCGCAGAGUGUGAGAAGGAAGGCGCAGAUUGGAUUUUAAAGUGCAGAUUAACGUCGGGCUCCGACUUGUGGUCUGAACCUGAUCUCAGCAGACGCCGUCGUUGA